CAGAGUUUGUCCCUCACGAGUCGCUGUUGAACAGAACUGUCAUGUCGGCUCACUUGAUGUCUCUGCACAGAUGUUGCCAGCGGUCGGCCCUCCUCCUUGUUGCCAGGCGACCAUGGAGCUCGAGCUCGGCGUCUCCUCCUCCUCUGCCCACGAGGCUGCUCCUCUUCCUCACCCAGAGGUUCUAUGAUAUGGAGAUGCUCCUGAGCUGGAGCUCUCGGCUGAGGAGGAGGGGGAUUAAGACGAAGAACGCUUACUACAGCUACGCUCGGAGGUUUCAUGGGGCGGACAUAGCUGCAGCUUACUAUGUCUUAAAUCUAAAGGGAGGAUUUCGGUAUGUUGGGCAGUCAGCCUGGUUUCGUGCUGACCAGAGAGGCAAGUUCAGUUGGGAUUUCUUCAACCACAAAAACACACCGCUAGAGGAAGUAGACAUGAGCUACUCAAUCAUCAAUUACACAGGACUGGGAAACCUCGAGGGACAGCGAUUUUUGAGGACUCUGUCUUUGAGAGGAUGUCCUGAAGUGGACGACUGGUUUCUGGCCAAGCUCCACGUGUUCCAGGACUCUCUGGAGGAACUGGACAUCUCUCACUGUCCACGCAUCACAGCAGGCGGCCUGGCUGCACUGAGGAAUCUCAAGGGACUGCGGCGUCUGGACAUAUCAUCCCUACCUGGGAUCUCGAAUCCUGGGUUGAUCAUCAUCCUACUGGAGGAAAUGUUACCACAGUGCCAAAUCACAGCGACUGGCUACGACCUCAGUCUGACUCAGGAGGAAGAAGGGGAGAAGAUGGAGCUAAUGCAGGGGCAGAGGUAGAGCAUAGACAGGGACAGGACGUGAAGACAAGGAGUUCUCAGAGACUUCUGUGCUUUUCAGAAAAUGACUAAGUGAGGUGCAGAGGGAACCCUUGACAUAAGAAGACAAGACGUGAUAGGUCUGAUUUUUGCAGCGUUACAGCGAUCACAGCUUAAUGUCAGUGUCGGACCAGGCCAGAGAAAGAUUGAGUUCUUGAUGUAAUCCUGCAGAGUCAACCAGGUACAGACUCAUAUUAAAUUGGACAUUUAUAACACAAGAUUGGAUAUAAACAUUUUAAAAACAGUUACACGUGGAACAAGAAUAGACAACGUCAAGUUUGUUGAGUUAUUGGUCAUAUGUAUUUAAGAUAUUUGUUAUCACAACUCUGUUUUCAGACAUGAACUCUGGAGAAUGUCUGCACAAUGGGCUUUGGACUGUCUUCAGAAGUUGCCUUUCACAAAUGAAGAAGGCGGCAGGAGAUUCUCUGGUCAGACAUGUAACAACACAGAAAUCUCUGUGGCGUUCAGGCGAGGGGUAGCGCAUCAUGCAGCAUAUAAAAUCCACUGGGCAGAUCGUGAUGUGUUUUUGUCAGGAGAAACUCUGGAGAAUGUGAACAGCAACUAACUCAGUCUCUCUGGCCAUUCAAUUUCAAAUCAAGUCGAGUUGCACUAUUGUGAACGUCAUUUCUCUGUCUCCAGCCAAUCAAACUUUGUCUUCAUAUGUGUUAGUGAUCUUAUUUGUUGUUGAGAUGUAAAUAUGAUUGUAAAUGUACAAAAUAAAAAUUACA